AUGGACUCAGCACACUCACAGGCUCAGAACAGGGCGGCUCUCGAGGAGUUUGUUCGACAGCCAGUACGAAGCUACAUGAUCCAGCAUCUGGCAAAGCACGCGGCACAGGUCAUCAGAUGUGAGCAGCCGCCGUCGUCACAUGGCUCAUUACCAACGCCUCCUUCAACACCGCCCACAGACCCAGCCACGCCAGAGAAUCUCGGUCCAGGUCCCAACUCUAAUGACCUCACUCGUGUAUUUGGAUCGACUCAAGCACGGCUGCCUCCUGUUGCCAAGGGUAUGCGGUGUACUACUCACCGCAUCUUCCUCGCCGCACUGAUCCUGGCCGCCAAGAACCUCAACGAUUCAUCACCAAAGAACAAGCACUGGGCACGGUAUACGAGCGUGAAGGGUUAUGAGGGAUUCGGCUUUGGGCUAGCAGAGGUGAACUUGAUGGAGCGACAGAUGUUGUUCCUGCUUGACUUCCAGACCAUCGUGACGGAGGAGGAUCUCUUCAAGCAUUUCGAGCCAUUCCUGGCUCCCAUCCGGUUCCAGCUGGAGCUUCAGCACGAGCGAUCUGAGCUCAACAGCCACAGGCACUGGCAAUCUCAGUCGUCGAUCGACACUAAUGUCGUCGAUUCUCUCCGACAAUCAACGCGAGCACUCAUCGCCAAGCAGCCAUCUCGUGCAGCACUCGCCGUCUAUGACUCGCCACAUUCAUACGGAGAAGAUGAGGUGCCCGCUCUGCGACAGCCCAGAGCUUACCACAGCAAUCAAAGCUCCCUAUCGCUACCUGCUGCCAGCCAUAAGCGUCGACCAUCACCAUAUCGUCACGACCGAUCGAUUUCACCACCAUCGCUUCGGGAUCUCCCUCCUUUGGUUCGAUCAGGUCACUCCUACUCCAGCUCGCGAUCUUCGUCCGUCGCUCCAUCGUCACAUUCGAGGUCGUCAUCACUGGCGCCUAGCACUCGAUCUCGAGGCACGCCUAUGAAUCUCAGCUACGUCGACGAAAAUCUCGUGGUCAUGGACGGCAAUUAUAGCCCUGACAAUUAUCACUACACAGCAUACGGAAAGGCGGUGUCAGCUAGUCGGCCCAGUCUCAAGGACCACCAUCAGAUCAGCUUCCAGGAGCAGCAGCCCAACAAGAAGGCGCGAUCCGAUAACACCAGCAUGAGCAGUGUCAUGUCAAGGAUCUUCAACGCCGGCACAAGACUCGGGCGAACACCAGGGCAAGCUGUCUGA